GAGAAUCUUGUAGAGAAUUCUGUAAAUGAAGGAUUUAGAGAAGGAUGUAAAUGAAGGAUAUAGAGAAGGAUACAUAGAACGACGGUUGGAGAUAGUCUUAACGUGGUAAAGAUUUUAAAAUCUAGGCUAGAUAAUUUAAGGGUGCUCUGGUGGUGGAGCCGGCCCCGGCUUGGCCUCCAGCGAAGGCCGCCACGUCAGCCCAUCGAUCCGUUCGGUAAAUUAAAAAGGUCGCCACGUCGUCGCCAGGGAGGGAGGCUGCCGUGCCGGGCUUGGUGACCGUGACUCGUGACAGCAGCCGGGGACCGGGACAGAUUUCUCCGGGCGAGGAAGAGGCCAACGCGAGCACUAGUUGCAAGCUUGCAACUGGUGCGAGGGGACUCGUUCUGAUCCGGCUCGCGCGGCUGCAGAUCAACUGUUGGGUGACGGUACAGGACGAGGCGAAUGGCGCUCGAGUAUUGGUCCACGAAGCCCAGCGAUCAGACCUUGCUAGAUGAGCUCUGAAUCGUUCCGCGGGAGUACGUGUCGCCGGCGCCACCGGGCGCCGGGGCUCUGCCACCGCCAGCACGGCGGCGCUGCGGCGAGAUGCCCAAAGCUCCCGUCGUGUCGCGGCGAGACGCCAAACCGGCUUCCGGGGCUCUCCGCUAAUCUGCCAUUCCAGUUUACAACCAUCUACAGAAACGGACGCAUACAGCAGCAUCUAUCUUCCACUCAUGAGAAAUCCAUCAACGGUCGGCGUUGCACCGUAGAUGCGGUCAUGCACAAGCUGGAUAGGAAGGUACGGUGAGGGUGAGCGCCAGAACCCGUUGGUGGAAGAAGCAAAAGAGCAACAGGAGAUUCUGGAGUGACAUUAUUUUCAAAAAAAAUUCUGGAGUGAUAUGAAUAUGAUAUGAAGUAAAACAGUUUUUGCCACAUUUUAUUAUUCUAAGUACUCCACGGACCACGGAGUUGUUUGGGAAAUUAGUUGGCCCCUGAUCUCAAAUUUUUUGACAAAAAAUUGUCAAAAAAAAAAGAAGGCUGGGCCCUAAUCUCUGGGCACACACUUCUCAGUUCUCACUCUACCCAGUCAAAGAAAAAGUCAACGGACGGUCAGUUACUCCUCCCUCCUUCCGUCCUGCCACUCCUGCGGCAUGCCUCUCCUCCGCCCCGCGCCGCCGGCUCCCGCCGCCGCGGUAACCCUCCCCCGCCGCUGCCUCCUUACUGCCCGCAGCCGCCUCGAUUCCCCCUCCGCCCCUCCGCCCCUCGCCUGCCUCCGCCUUCGCCCCGCCGCCCCACUCCGCGGCAUCCCGCCGAGGACCGGGUGCCGCGCGGCCGCCGCCAAUGCCGAUGCCGAUGCCGAUGCGGCGCCCUCCCAGGGUCCAGGAGGCGACGGCGGCGCGCGGGGCGCGCUGGUGCGCCUCGGGGAGGCGCUGUCGCUGGGGUUCCCGGUGUGGGUGGCGUCGGCCUGCGCGAUCGCGCUGUGGCGGCCGCCGGCCUUCCUCUGGGUCGGCCCCACCGCGCAGAUGCUUGGCAUCUCCUUCACGAUGCUCGGGAUGGGAAUGACAUUGACUCUGGAUGACCUCAAAACCGCACUAUUGAUGCCAAGGGAGUUAGCUGCUGGAUUUAUAUUGCAAUACACGGUGAUGCCACUGUCAGGAUUUUUGGUGAGCAAGCUGUUGAAAUUGCCUGCCCAUUAUGCUGCUGGACUGAUUUUAGUGUCAUGUUGCCCUGGAGGUACAGCAAGUAACAUUGUGACCUAUUUAGCAAGGGCAAAUGUUGCUCUUUCGGUGCUGAUGACGGCAACAAGCACUUUCGCUGCAGCUUUCAUGACUCCUCUUCUGACAUCCAAACUUGCUGGACAAUAUGUUGCAGUAGAUCCAAUGGGACUGUUUGUGUCCACAUCUCAGGUUGUCCUCGCACCUGUCCUGUUGGGUGCUCUACUUAAUCAGUACUGCAAUGGUUUGGUUCAAUUAGUGUCCCCCUUGAUGCCCUUCAUUGCUGUAGCAACAGUAGCCGUUCUCUGUGGCAAUGCUAUUGCACAGAAUGCUUCAGCUAUCCUAUCAUCUGGGGUGCAAGUAGUUUUAUCUGUUGGUUGCUUGCAUGCAUGUGGCUUUUUCUUUGGCUAUGUUCUUUCCAGAAUACUUGGCAUUGAUAUCUCUUCGGCAAGAACAAUCUCUAUAGAGGUUGGGAUGCAGAACUCUGUGCUGGGCGUAGUCCUUGCAACCAAGCAUUUCGGCAAUCCCCUCACGGCAGUUCCAUGUGCUGUUUCGAGCAUCUGCCACUCGGUCUACGGCAGCAUUGUAGCUGGGAUCUGGAGGUCUAUGCCCCCCACCGACAAGGGAGAAUGAUGAGUUAACAUUGUCAUUUGUCAACAACCUGGAUUUUCUGUUCUCCUGGUGGAUGAAGGAUUAUACCCUGUUGGAAUAAACGUUGAUGAGAUCAGCCAGUGGUUACGCCAUGAGCAGCAGUAGUUUUGUCUUUGAUCAGCUGCAGUGAACGCAGCACAGUGGUGUUCAGCUCACCACCAGGCUUGCAUUACAGGUUAUUUCAUUUGUUUCUAGGUGGUGCCCUGAACUUCGUCAGGUGUUUAUUCAGUAUUUUCAUAUGUUCUCGCAAAUGUCGAUGGAUAAUUAUGGUCUCAUUGUACUUGGAAAGUUUAGUCGUUGGAUACAUGGUUGCUGGGGAGAUUCACCAUGGUAGUAUGUUUAUUACA